UCUGUGAUGUUUAGAUUCUUUCGAAAACUCCUACCCCUCAGACUUUCUUCCAUUAUAAACAAUUUAUUUAUUUGAUCUUCGAUGUUCAUUGCAAUUUCACAAUCGGUCUUAGUCGAAACGGUGUAAAAGUAACCCUUACAUAAAAGACCAAGUUCACUUGAAAACCAUCAAACUCCAAGAAUCGGAAUCGCACACACCCCCAGAAAAUCUGUCAUCAAUCAGAUCAGAGCUCAAAUCAGGCACAGCCUUUACUCGUUUUUAACACGCAGUCUCAUCAAACAAUUCAUCAAAAUUUCCAUUAAUCGCUAAGAUAUUGAGCAGCACUAGUUUUUUUGAACCGAAAAUUUUCUACCGGAUUAUCAAACUCAGUCGAAAUAUGCAGCCCUUGCGGAUGCUGAUUCAGUGCCUGGCGACGCGACAGGCCAAGGUGAUGACCCACAUACGCCGGGCCAGCGGGAGCAGCAGCUUUCCGGAGCUGGCCUUCCCCGACGACCAGGACAUCGAGCCGGAGGACGAGCAGGGAGCGCUGGAUCCUCAGUUUCCGAUCCUUCACAGCCGCCACACCGAUCUCUUCUACAUGCCGCAUCUCGUGGGUCCGGCGUACCAGGGUCUCAUUUCAUCGGUGGAUCAGCCCUAUACCACCUCCUACUAUCCGGCGGAUGCACAGACGUUGAAAAAGGGGGGCGAGAGUGUCCUACGGUCUGUGAUCUCACCCUCCGACAUGUGGGUGGUGGCUUGCCCCAAGCUGCUGGUGGCCUAUAUGCGCCAUCUGUUCCAGCAUCCGUACGCCCGUUUUGGCAGCUCGAUGAACUUCAGCACGAUUGGGAUGAAGUUCCAGGACUCUGAUGUCGACAAUGCCUUGCGCUCUUUCGUACUCUUCGCCAGCCACAAUUCGCGCGAGAUCAUGCACAACGGCUACUGGGCGGACUUUAUCAAUCCGCUGACUGGCCGUGCCCACUUCCGGGCCGCCCACUCCAGCCGGAAGCAGUGCCGGGAGUCCCAACUCCUUGGCCGGGGCUUGGCCUUUACCAAUGCCAAUGGCUGCACCGUAAUCGAGGAGGAGCAGAGCGAUCAGUUCACCGGCUGCAUCUUCACCGACACACCCUGCAAGGUCCUCGAGUCAUGGAUCUGCUAGAGGAUCACAAGAUCAUCGCCCAGCUGCUCAUUUCCAUGUCUCUGAAUGUGUACACAUUAAAGUCCAGUUGAGAACUCUAUCGCCGAUCCCACGAGGCUUAUAUCCGAAAAUUUUACGUAGUACAUUUUGGCAAAUCUCAUUUCGAUUAAGUUUAUAAGGAAGUCCCCAUUCCAAUCUGUAUAGUAAAUUUUAAAAUUUUACAGUUUGAUGUUAUUUCUUCUUCUAAACACAAAUCAGCGAAUUACUCUUGGAUCGUUGGGUUCUUCCCUCCUUAAAGAAAAGCUGUGAAAAGGAUCCAGAACUGUGGAGGCUUUAUAUGAUAAUGUUUUGUAAUUUUGGAAAAUGUAAUAAGAGGGAAUAAA